UGUUCCUGGCGUCGAGGUGCACCACUCCUGCCGGGGUCCUGCGCUGCACGCGUGCGCGCAACCGGCAGCUGGCCCCCGCGCUCGCAGGUGCCCAGCCUGCGGCCUCCUUUUCUUCAAAGCGCCCCGCCCCGGCCGACAUGCCCAUCCAGCCGACCCCGCCACCGCUGUUUGUUCCGCGGACGUCGAUGUUCCGGCCGCUGGCUCGGCUGAACGCCCAGACGGAGGAGAUGUUCCGGCAGAAUGCCGCCCAGCAGGCCCCCCCCAUCCCCGAUCAUCCGGCGCUGAUUCCGGGCGAGCGGACGCACGAUGACGACCCCUACCUGCCGGGGCAUUCGCGCUAUGUGGACAUUGUGACGCCGCUGCCGAAAAAUGCGCCGAUUCUGCUCAAGGCCGCCCGCAUCGGGCUGACCCUGGUGGGCCUCCAGUCGCGCGGGCCAAUUGCCAUGCGCCGCGCGCGCGAGCUCUUUGCCCGUGUGAUGGAGGUGGCCGAUGCCCGGCACAGCAUGUUCGUGGAGCGCGCGGGUAUGACGGACUCCUUCCAGACCUGGUUCCUGGUCUCCUACCUGCACGUGUGGAUGUGCUCGAUGCGGCUGCGCGUCGAGGGCCAGCCCGGCGACGAUGUCAGCAAGCAGCUGGUGGAGCUUUUCAUCGAGGAAGUCGAGCUGCGCAUCCAUCAGACCGGUGCCGUGCCCCGGCUGGAUGCCACCAUGAAGGUCUUUGUGGCCCAGAUGCUUGGUGUGGACAUUGCCCUGAAUGAGGGAAUCGUCGGUUGCGACUCGCUCCUGGCGUCUACCAUGUGGCGUAAUUUCACCGGAAUGCGUGGUCGGCCGACCCAGCUCGAGUGGCUGGUCCGGUAUGUCCGUUCGCAUGUGGCCCACCUGGAUGCCCUGUCCCAGUAUGAGAUUUACGCUGGCCACUUUACCUGGCCCCGGGCCAACGGCGAUAAUGUGCCGAUCACCAUCAAUCGCGAGGCGGCCAACAAGGCCCCCUCGCCGGAGCUGCUGGCCGCGCGCAUUGAUCUCUUCCUGCUGGACGAGUAUGUCCGCAUGCACUCCGAUGGCCUGCCCUCGAGCCUGCCGCCCGGCAGCAUUGAUCUCGACCGGAAGUACUGAGCGAUGCGAGUGUGAGCGCGAGCGCCCGGAGCUUUUGAGGUGCAUUGCCCGGUGGUUCGCGCCUCCCUCCGCCCUCCCCCCUGAUGUUCUUUUUCCCCUUUCCCUUGGGUUUGGCUCUCGCCUGUCCUCAUAGACGCCAGUUGCUGCUGGCCCUGGCGGGAACGCGGCCGCUCUCUUUUCAACGCCCCGGGCCUGUUCCCCCCUCUCGCUCUCUCGCCUUCCGCGGUCCUCCGGACACACAUACAUACAUACGCACGCACCCCCCUCUCCCCCCCCCCC